AUGUCGACAAAACCCCAAUCACCCGGACCGAAUUCCACAUCGGCAGCAUCAGCAAAACAAGCAAGGUCCCGUAAGGCCUUGAAUCCAGACGCAACAGCAACAGGUCGAGCAGGCUCAGCAGGGGGCGUGGUUCUCGAGAAAGCAGCUGCGAAAAAGCCAUCGACUCUAGCAAGCACUACAACCCCCAAAGCCGCAUCGACUCCAUCCAUGGACACACCAACCAAGCGCAAACCCCGAAAGCUGAACAAGGAACCGACAUCCACGGCAGCAGCAGCAGCAGCAGCAGCAGCACCAAGUCUCUCGAACGAAGCCGCCGAGCUCGAAGCGCUCAAGAAUCGUGUCAGAGGACUCGAAGCGAAGGUUGAGGACCUCUAUAAAUCAACGCCGACCGCGAACGCCGCACCGCGUUCUCCACGCCGAAGAGGCAAAGGACGCAAGAACUCGAGCGCGACAACCACAGCAACUCUCGAUAACCUUGGGCAAUCCAAGCCAGAACACGAGCCACAAGUCACGGAGCUCGACGACGAAGAAGAGGCGGACGAGGAGCUUGUGCGCAUCGAAUCCGAGCUCGAAGUCGCGCGCCAGGACCUGGCACACUACCACCCGCAGGCCCGUCCACGAGCGAGAAGGAGGGGAUCUGAAGACACAGAGUAUGUGGAGGAGAUAGCGCGAGAUGCGCCGGGCGCGAACGCAGGCAGCGACAGACAGGUCACCCUGAGCGGCAGCUACCGCAUCCCGCUCCCGGCCAACCUGAACCCGGAGGACGUGAAGACGAUCCAGAGCGGUGUGUCUGCGGCGCAGAACGUCGCUCGCUCGUUCCUCGACCAGCGGCGUGCUAACCAGGCGCUGAAGAAUGCGCAGGCCGAAGCUGGGCCCCCGCUGCAGCCAAAGAAUAAAUCCACUCGUCCAGCGACAUCGACGUCGGCGUCGACAAAAACGCCGGAAUCAAGCAUGGAAGUCGGUACGCAGCUGGAGGGCGGGGCGGGCAAGCAGAGUUGGGGCGAGUGGAUUGGCGGGUACAGCAUGGCGAUUAGUCGGGCGGUCAAGACGAUCGAGCAUGAGGCGGCUAUGGAGGCCAAGACGGAGCGACCGACACAGAGCAGGCGGACGAGCACGCCCAAGGCAGGUGGAACGGGGGGGAAGAAGAAGAAGAGGCCGGCGGCAAAGGCGACGAUGAGUGGGGAACAGGUACAGGGUCUGAUGAGCUGA